CCUGCUAAUGUGAAUGCGUACAAGGAAAACCGGGAGCAGGAGGCUGACCACCGACAGAGGAAGAGGAAAAAAGUGAUGGUGAGGGAGAAAAUGGAGAUAAAGGACUAUGGCAACUCCGCAAGCCACUCCAGACAGCCAGUCAGAGGAGAGCAACACUCUGGAGCUGCCAUCGGCUUGUGACCUAAGAGAUUACGUGCUGCGGGAACCCAGCCAGGAGGCCCACAGCGAGGCUGUUAGUUCUGCAGAAGGCCUUUCCAUUCUUUCCUCUUCUGAGGUGGAUCCAGACAGCGGUCACUUAAAUACUACACCAAGUGAUUCCUGGGCCUCUGAGAACUUCUGGCUCGACCCUUCUGUGAAUGGCCAACCAGAGACCAAGACAGAGGAUGAGGAACUUCGGAAAUCCCUGGAUAGACUCUAUGAGAUGUUUGGCCACCCACAACCAGCCUCUCGAAACCCACUCUCUGCAUCUGUCUGCCAGUGCCUGUCUCAGAAAAUCCACGAACUGCAGGGCCAGGAGAGCCAGAAGUACGCCCUCCGCAGUUUUCAAAUGGCCCGGGUCAUUUUCAACCGGGAUGGCUGCUCAUUGUUACAGAGGUAUUCCAGGGACGCCCGGUUCUACCCUCUGGGAGAAGGAAGUCAGUCUCUGGAUGACGAAAAGCCGACCCCAGGACUUUCCAAAGACAUUAUUCGUUUCCUCUUACAGCAGAAUGUGAUGGAAGACCCAUAACUGGUGCCUGGUGGCCAGAGCAGGCUGGCUGGAUCUGGAGGGCAGCCCUGGGGCUGACGCUGUCAGUGCACCACCCAGGUCCCCUCAGGUCUGUCUUGCCAGCUUUGUGCCACGCCCCCAGUUAAGUGCUCUGCAGCCAACAGCUGGCAUCUGUGACCAAGUAUUAGAGGCUGGGUCAGCCCAAGUAGAGAGCCAUCGAUGCCUGGGAAUUUUACAGCCCCCAUGGCCACACGCCCUCCUACCUUUCCCUUUGGCCAGAGGCCAGUGACAGACUGGUUUGGGAGUUCAGAAAGCCCAGCUUCCUUGUCUCAAAGGAAGACAUGCUCUGUGGCAUAAUUUACUCUUUGGAGCUCCACUCGGAAUCAGGCCGAUGCUGUCCCUCCAUUCAUGCACCUAUUGGUGCCACCUGUGAGCCUUUCCUCAAUAAAUCGCUUGUA